CUGCUUUCGAGCUUCGGACAGUCCGAUUCAUUCGGACGGCUCAUUCCAAUCGAACGUGAUUCACUGAUUCAUUUGAGAGAUACAAACUCCUUGUGGAUCGGUUCGAUCGAAUCAUGAAGACGAACCGAUUCAUUAGAACGACUCGUUGGCGAAUCGAACCCUGCCGCCACUCUUUGUCCUCGCGGUGACUGACUGCAUAUGAUCCCGCUGAAUGUACAUUAUUUAUUCAUCCGUUUACACUCUGUAUUCAUCAAACAGACGAUCUGAAGGAUGGUGUUAGUUCAUGUCGGAUAUUUGGUUCUUCCUGUCUUUGGCUCAGUGAGAAAUAGAGGAUCUCAUUUUAACAGGCAUCAGCACAGUCAUGCUACCUCUUGCCGGCAUUUCCACGUAGGCCCUCAGGCCCAGAUCCCUGUUGAUUUCCCAAUGCCCCAUCCAGGACAAUCUCCCACGGGAAUGAGCCCUCACCUGGGUCAACCACACGCCCCGCUCAACCAUAUACCAGCGCCUCCGUUCCAGGACAUCUCGACCCCAUCAUUCCUACCUCAGGCUUUACACCAGCAAUACCUCAUCCAGCAGCAGAUCCUGGAGGCCCAGCACAGGAGGAUACUCCCACAGCACAGCAGACACGCUUCAGACCGAACUCUUCCCCAUCCGCAGACGCUGCGCCCGCCGUAUGAUUACCCACAAUCCUUUCACAUCCCGGCGCCGGUCCCACAGCAGCCGCGCUACCUUGCCGAAGGAACAGACUGGGAUCUGAGUGUGGAUCCAGGCCUGCCACAGUAUCACGUCUCUCCUCUCACUCAGCAUUAUCAGCAUUACCUGACCUCUCCACGCCUGCAUCACUUCCCCAGGAGCAACACCUCGGCACAAGUGGUUGUCCAUGAGAUCAGAAACUACCCAUAUCCUCAGUUACACCUGCUGGCUCUCCAAGGCCUCAGUCCGUCUCGACACGCGUCUGCUGUGCGGGAGAGUUACGAGGAGCUCCUACAGUUGGAGGACAGACUGGGAAACGUGAACCGAGGGGCUGUGCAGACCACCAUUGAGAGGUGUACAUUUCCUCACAAGUAUAAAAAGAGAAGACCUCUGGAUCUGAAGAUCGGCAUGUAUGAAGAGGAGCUCGACACGGAUGAGAAAUGCACAAUAUGCCUCUCGAUGCUCGAGGACGGAGAGGACGUCAGGAGAUUACCCUGCAUGCACCUCUUCCAUCAGGCUUGUGUCGACCAGUGGCUGGCGACCAAUAAGAAGUGUCCCAUCUGCAGGGUAGACAUUGAGACGCAGUUGUCCCCUGAUAGCUGAUGUCUCGUGUAGCAGUAGCGAACGGUCCUGUCGUCUCUCUUCGUCCCCUCGUGGGCACUUUGCCAAAAUGUGUGUCAUCUCCAUCACCACUCUCACCUCUGACCUUUGCCUUCUGAGCCAAAUGACCAUAAGAACAGAGAAGAGUGGAGAAGAACGAGUCUGUCGAUGAAGAUGGUUUCAGUCAAAGUGCUCUGUAUGUGCGUGUGCGUGUGUGUGUGUGUGUGUGGGGGAACGAUGACCAACCAAAUGUUCUCAGUGGGUCACGGAUGAAGCAUUACAGCAUAUCACACGUGGUUGGUCAUGAACUUCUUUAAACGUAGUUGAACGAAUCAUUUGUGGAAUAAACGCAUCAUGAGCGAAUGAGAGAAGUCCUGAAAACGCUCAGUCGUCGUCGUGUCUGUAAUUAUCGGAGAUGAUGCUUGGCGUUCGUACGUAAUCGUGAGGCCAGGCUUGAUAAUGGUCUGCAUUUUGUCCAACGCUUAGAAACGUAUCCACUAAAUGCAUGUUGAAGCGAGAGCCCGGGUUCUUCUGGGAAACGUGAGGCGAGGGCGUCCUGCUCAUCCUGAAGACACUGUGUUCUCGAAGCGUCUCCGAAGUCACCGCGAGUGAAACAUGUACCGUAAUGCCUGUAGCACAAGCACACGUCGAAUAGUAACGGCAUAACUCUGUGUUUCCAUUCGCUCUGUGACUCGUGGUCUCGCUUGUAGAGUCAGAAUGUGCAUGAAACCUGUUUGCUGCCAUUUCUAGAGGACAUGACAAGGGAGUAAAGCCAUUUGUUUUAUAGAAACCAAACAUAACUUUUCUAAGGCUGUUCUUCACGAUCACUCUUUCUGGUUUUCUUUCUCUUCUCUUGCCAAGCUGUGUGUGCGGGGCUGGUACAGCUUCUCAACAUAAGUAGCUGCGAUGCUGGAAAAAACAAAACAACUUAUUUAUUGUUGUCUUAAUGUAGUUAGUGGUUAUUUUUGUAAAUGCACUCACGUUCUGAUGAGGUCGUGUGAUCGUUACCCUGCUUUUUUGCAUUUGCACUCGAGUAAGCUGUUUCCUUGCGUAUCGUGCACUCCAUCCCCCCCAAAAAAACACACACACACACACACAAAAAAACAAGGAAGCAGACUUUUUAACAGCACAGUUUCUUUGCGUAACGAUAGUAGGGAUGCACCGAUAUGAAGACUUUGGCGAUACAAUAACCGAUGGCGAUAACUCUUUAUAUUUGAAAGCCGAUAACCGAUAUAUUGGCCGAUAAAUCUAAAUCCAAAUUUUGGCCGAUACGAUAACUCUUUAUAUUUAAAAGAUGAUAACCGAUAUAUUUUGGCCGAUAAAUCUAAAUCCAAAUUUUGGCCGAUACUUAUAACUCUUUAUAUUUGAAAGCCGAUAACCGAUAUAUUUUGGCCGAUAAAUCUAAAUCCAAAUUUUGAUCGAUACCGAUAACUCUUUAUAUUUGAAAGCCGAUAACCGAUAUAUUGGCCGAUAAAUCUAAAUCCAAAUUUUGGUCGAUACCAAUAACUUUAUAUUUGAAAGCCAAUAAAUCUAAAUCCAAAUUUUGGCCGAUACCGAUAACUCUUUAUAUUUGAAAGCUGAUAACCGAUAUAUUGGCCGAUAAAUCUAAAUCCAAAUUUGGGCCGAUACGAUAACUCUUUAUAUUUGAAAGCUGAUAACCGAUAUAUUGGCCGAUAAAUCUAAAUCCAAAUUUUGUCCGAUACCGAUAACUCUUUAUAUUUGAAAGCCGAUAACCGAUAUAUUGGCCGAUAAAUCUAAAUCCAAAUUUUGCUCGAUACCGAUAACUCUUUAUAUUUGAAAGCCGAUAACCGAUAUAUUGGCCGAUAAAUCUAAAUCCAAAUUUUGGUCGAUACCGAUAACUCUUUAUAUUUGAAAGCCGAUAACCGAUAUAUUGGCCGAUAAA